GGUACCACAGGCAAAAAGGUUUCAUGUACAAAGUGUACCGGCCCUCAGCUGUUCACCCUCACCAUCCUCAUGUUACGUGGACGUGUUUUAAGUUUAACUAAACCCCACUGAGUCCCUGUCACGGCGGAGGAACCGCUCUUUAACCGUUACCGUUUCAGGGGGGAACCUUUCAGCUGCCGUAUUUCUACACGGAAUACUGUCACACCGGGACCGUAAAUACACCGUCGUAGCUGUCCCUGCGGUGUAGCAGAGAGGGAAAGGAUGGAGGUUUAAGGUUGUAUAUCACCAGCUUCAAUGAAACCAGACGUGAAAGCAGAGCCGUUAAGUUUGCUGGUUCCGGUGUGAAAGUGUGACUGAAGCCGGAGAUGGAGUCGUGUCGGCGGACAGGACUCAGCGGGGUCCUGUGCUCCCUGUCACUGCUGUGUGUCAUCCUGGAUAUCCAGCUGGACGGUGUCUUGGGGGCGACUCAUGUCGAGAUCGAGCACCACUUGGAGAUGGGCCGCAAACUUUUGGCUGCUGGUCAGCUGGCCGAGGCCUUGUCCCACUACCACUCGGCUGUGGAGGGAGACUCUAAGAAUUACCUGACCUACUACAAGCGAGCCGCGGUGUUUCUGGCGAUGGGAAAAUCCAAAUCUGCCCUGCCAGACCUCACCAGAGCCAUCCAGCUCAAACCCGACUUCCUGGCUGCCAGGUUGCAGAGAGGGAAUAUCCUGCUGAAGCAGGGUAACACUCAGGAGGCCAGGGAGGACUUUGAAGCCGUGCUGCAGCGCUCCCCAGACCACGAAGAGGCUCAGGACCAGCUGAUGAAAGCGAACGAGCUGGAGGAGCUGCAGGAGGAUGCGCAUGCCGCGUACCACCAAGGAGACUACAGCGCCACCAUCAGCGUGUUGGAGAGAGUCAUUGAGAUCUCUCCUUGGGAUCCUGAGUCGCGGGAGCUCCGUGCAGAAUGUUACAUCCGCAUGGGGGAUCCUCAGAAAGCCAUCCUGGAUCUGACGCCGACCACGAGGCUACGCAACGACAACCGCGCCGCCUUCCUGAAGCUCAGCAUGCUGCAUUACAGCCUCGGGGAUCACCACGAGUCACUCAAUCACAUCCGGGAGUGUCUGAAGCUGGAUCAGGAUGACAAGGAGUGUUUCAGCCACUACAAGCAGGUGAAGAAGCUCAGCAAGCAGCUGGACGCAGCAGAGGAGCUCAUUGAGCAGACGAGGUACGAGGAAGCCAUUGAAAAGUACGAAUCAGUGAUGAAGACAGAGCCCAAUGUCCCACACUACACAAACCUGGCCAAAGAGAGGAUCUGCUUCUGCCUUGUCAAGAUUAACUUGGCUCAGGAGGCCAUAGACGUGUGUUCAGAGGCUCAUCAGAGAGACCCUCGCAACGCCAACGUCCUCCGAGACCGAGCCGAGGCUUACAUCCUCAACCAGGAGUACGAGAAAGCUGUGGAGGACUACAUAGAGGCGAGAGAGUUUGACGGCGAAGGCGACCGCAUCGAUCUCAAAGAGGGCCUGGACCGAGCACAGAAACUGCUGAAAAUCUCUCGUAAGAGGGAUUACUACAAGAUCCUCGGUGUCGGCAGGAAUGCAAACAAGCAGGAGAUCAUCAAGGCGUACAGGAAGCUGGCGCAGCAGUGGCACCCCGACAACUUCCAGUCUGAGGCGGAGAAGAAAGAAGCAGAAAAGAAGUUUAUCGACAUCGCGUCAGCUAAAGAAGUCCUCACUGACCCAGAAAUGAGGCAGAAGUUUGACGCAGGUGAGGAUCCCCUGGACCCGGAAAACCAGCAAGGUGGCGGCGGAGGUGGAGGGCAGGGCUGGCCGUAUCACUUCAACCCGUUUGAGUCUGGCGGCAGCUUCCACUUCAAGUUCCACCACAACUAGAGUGGCGGAGGUGACGAACACGAGGGGGGGACGGGGGUUGGGGACAUUUGGGAAGAUCAAUAGCGGAUUUAUGGAGAAGUCUUCCUCAGAACUUGUGCUUCAGCUUGGACACAGUUUCGUCGGUUACUUGAACCUUUUGAUUUUUAACGCAGCGGAGGCUUGAGCUGUACAGUGAAAGGAAAAUGGACUUCCAGCCACUAACACUAAAGAUGUGACCGUGGCUGCUGUCGAAUUAACUCAUCGCUGUGGUUGAAGAAAAUGAAGUCAACACUUGAGAUCCUUAGGAACGGAAAGGUGGUGGUUGAAAGCAGUCGAUGUGGGUGUCUGCUCUUGUUCCUCAUUUCUUUCUUUGUGCCAUUCUUUGAACCUUUUGUGAAGGGGCUCUUUUUUUAAUGCAGUAGUUGUUCGGACAGUUCGUAGGAGGACUGUCAGUGUAUUGGUUUCUGCUCACAGUAUUCUGCAGAGGAAUUACAUGUUUACCGAUCUCCAUAUUUUUGACCAUGUCAAACUUCUCUGUGCUAUAAAACUGAGAUUUUUAUACAUCACGACAUCAGGAAGCAUUUUGUUUGAGCGUCUACAUUGAUGGUGAGUAGGUGAGACUUCAGCACUGUUAAAGGAAACUUGUGGGUGAAAUCCUAUGGGUCUUAAAUCAGUGAUUGUUUUUGAUUUGAUUUUAUGAGGUACGUUUAAUAUUCUUCAACCUGGUCACUUCUUGUCUCAUGUUUUUGUGUCUACGCGAGACUAACGAAGACCAAUUUUUUAAACUGGUCCAGUAUUGAGCGAGAGUACUGCAGUUGGCAGCAGUGAAACAGGCUGCACCCUCAAUUCACAUCCACUUUAAGUGCGUGUUUUUGCCACUGACAGGCUCAGAUUGUUAUUCUAAGUGUCUGAUAUAAUGGAAAUGAUCCAUACAGAGAUAGACCUUUUUGUUAAAGAGAAAGAUCCCUUCAGUUUAACCAAAAACAGCCUUGAAAUUGCGAUCACCAUACACACCAAGCUGCAUUUAAAUAAUUUGUAAUUUCAGCAUGUAUAGCGCCAGAAUAUUUUUUUAUCAAAGGGGGUAAACUAAAGGUUUAUUUCAACCAAACCAGAGUUGGUGAUUAUUGGAACAGUGGAAAGAUGAACCAAGACAGCCUUUAUGAGUUUUAUUUUAUUUCUGUUGACUUUGUGUGUUUUAUGAUGAUAAAAUUACUGGUCAUUUAACCCUUUAAAACCUGAGCACAUUGGCUUGAUUUCUUUCAAAAACAUGGAAAGAAGGCAACGAGCAACGAAAGAACAAAUGACCUAAAAAAAUUGCAAGAAAUUGGUAAAAAGAGAAAAUUAAAAACAAGAAAAUUGGUUAAAAAAAAAGUUAAACAAGAAAAUCAAUCUAAAUCUACAAUUUUUUCGCCAUUUGUGGGACUUUUUUUUUUUUUUUUUUUUUUUUACCAAGUUGCUCAUUGCAUUUUUUCUCAUGUUUUAAAGAAAUUGCACCAAUUUGUGCAAAAUUAAAAAGUUAAAAUACUUGCGAAAUGUGUCUAAAAGCAGUGCAAGAAAAAAUUGUAAUUCCAGGUUUUGAAGGGUUAAAUGGAGUCUACAGGGUUUCACAACGGUAAUUUUGGGGCUGUUUCUGGUUAAACAAAAAGGGCUAUCUCUGUAGGGAUCCUUUUAUAAUGUUGUCAGACACUUAAAAUAAUAAUCUGAGCCUGUCAGUGGCAAAAACAAAAACUUUCAGUGGACGUACAAUUGCCCUUAUUGGCUACAUCGCAGCCUGUUUCGCUCAGUAUUAGACCAAUUUCAAAAAUUGUUGUCGCCAUCAGUCAGUUACACACAAAAACAUGGGAAAUAAGGGCCCAGGUUGAAAACAGAGAACUUACCCAUUAAAUUACGAUUUGUUUUCAGCAGCUAUCUAAUCAGAAUAAUGUGUGAAUUUUGUAUUUCAAUGGAAAUAUUAUCUCUUCAACAGGCUUUAUAUCCGGGUUUAAAACAUUACGGAUGUAACUGUUAAUUAAAACUCACGUCACCAUAUUUAACUGACGAAAAAAGUUAAAUAUUCUGGACAAAAGCAGAGCAAUUCAUGACUGAGUCCAAGGUUGUAGUAUUUCGCCCUUUUCCCUGGUCACUCAUUUCAAAGCACGUCUUUGAAAACUUGCACUUUUACCUUUUAUGUUUGAAAAACCACUCCACGUCUCCUCCACUCCUGAAACGUUACUGUGGGCUUUAGAAAAGCCUUUCAAAGACUCUUUACAAACCAAGUGUGUCUUCUGUGGUUCUCUCAAAGCCUCAUUUUGGAAAAAGGUCUAUCAGAAAAAUGCACAUUUAAAAUGUGAUGCUGAGCUGGAGCGGGUGUGUUGCAUUAGUUACAGGUCUGCGACGUAUUGUAUGUAAUUCAUAUACAGUGCAUUUGUAUAAUUUGUCUGACAGGAUGCAUUUGAAAAUAUCAAUGAGGCUCCAGUUUUACAGCCAGGAAAGACACACAACAGUUUAAUAAAGAUCUGACUUUCUCAGUACAAACUACGUUAUUGUGUCACUAACAACUUAAAGUGACCAUAACAGCUUCCUGUCCACUGCUCGACUCUGUGAACUAAAUGUGACUGGCUCUUUGUAUUUAAAUGGACUGAGUGGGAUGGUUUUGUUUCUGGGUUUUCUUUUUAGGGGUUUCUGCUGUUUGUGGCAUCAAUUUUACUGUUGCCAGACUGAGUCAGCUGACAUGCUCAAGCAUAUUAAAAUACUGAAACAAUCCAA